AUGGCAUCCGAGAACUUAAACAAAGGGGGCUGCCGCCGGCGCGCAGCGGCUGCGGAAAGUUGCGGUGGCGGAUUUCCAAGGAGCGUGGCCACGACCAGAGCUCUUGGCGAUGCGAGUCCCCGCGUCCCACCCCCGCUGAUCAGAGAUGGGGGCCGGCUGGGAGGGACAGAGAGCGAACUGUCAGAUCCGAGCGAGAGCGGGCGCCCGAGAGAGGGAGAGAGAGAGGGAGGGAGAGGGAAAGUGAGAGAGGGAAAGAGAGCGCGAACGAGGGCGCAGAGCGAGCUCCUGCUGCAACUCUGCUCCAGCACGGCCAGCGCCAGCGCCCGCCGUCGGUGCACUCUACGAGCCGUGCAACGUGCCCACUGGAGUUGUUGUGUAUCAAGGAUCGAUCCCCUAUAUGCACACACACACCUCCACCUCCACCAAUGCACUCUUCUUCCUCCUCCUUCUCCAGACAACUGCUGGGAAAAAAAUAAAACAACCCCAACCGUCAGCAACAAGAGGCAACCAAGAGCUCCGGCAAUAGCAACUUCAGAGAAAUGCACCAUCGCAAGAAGUUUUCCUAGGACAGAACAAAACUUGAAACGAGAGGACCAGAGCGGGAGAGCAGGAGCCAGCCUCCCCUCUCCGCACUCGCGAGCAGCCAGCAGCACCACGCCUUCAAGGACGAAAAAGUUUUACUACUCUAAGGGAAAACGAGUGAAAUGUGUUCCUGAGGAGGAGAGGAGAGAGCGGACAAGAGGAGUGGGCCGGUUGCUGGUCAUCCGUAAUUUGGCUAAGGAAGAAAGGAGCAGCUUCUUUCUUUGUUAUCUCCCGUGAAACCUUCACUUAG